AUGAAUAUGAAUCUAGCUAGUAAAUAUCAAGUGCAAGGACAAGGUCAACCACAAUCAAAUCUUCAAGCUCAGCAAAUAUUGUUACAACAACUUCAUCAGGGCCAAUCACUUUCCCAACAAAAUCAACAACAAAAUACAACUUCCAAUAGUCUAGGUGCUGGAUUUCAACCAAAUGAAAGUUAUAAUAAUGAUAAUCAAAAUCUUUAUCAAAAUUAUCAAAGAAACCAAUUACAACAACAGCAGCAGCAACAGCAGCAACAACAGUAUUUCCCCCAAUUUCAACCACAGAAUCAAUCCGCUAACAAUCAUAUAAACUCUCUGUUACAACAACAACCUCAACCACAACAAUUAUCAAGACAACUUCCUCAUAUCCAGCAACAACAAUUUUAUAAUCAACAAGCUCUUAAAUCACAACAAGUUCAACAACAAAUUCAAUUACAAAGUGCUCAAAUUCCAACUCCUAUGCAAAAAAGUACUACAUCUGUGGAGCAACCAAAUUCAAUUCAUUGGCAACAUCAACAACAAUUAUGUCAAGUUUCAAGAUCAUCAAGUGUACCUCAUUAUUAUGCCAGACAAUUUGCUUCUAAUUCAAGAAAAAAUCCAUACGAUUCCAAAUCAGUUGGAUUAAUAGAGGCAACAAAAGUGAUACUUAGCAAAAUUGAAGAACAAAAAAUAAAUGAUUCAACAACAACUAACUCAGCAUUGUUACAUAAUAAAAAAACAACACAAGAUGAUGAGUUAAUGGAGGAACAACGUAUGAGAUUAAAAACCCAAGGUCGUCAAUUAUGGUGUCAAUUGGAUUUAAGUGGACAAGGAUUAGUUAGUAUAUCACCAAAAUUAUUUCAUUAUGAUUUUUUAGAAUCAUUAUAUUUAAAUAAUAAUAAAAUAACUCAAAUUCCAUCAGAAAUAAGUAAAUUAAGAAGUUUAAGGACGUUAGAUUUAUCACAUAAUAGAAUUAGUGAAUUACCUUAUGAAUUGGGAUUAUGUUUUAAUUUAAGAUAUCUUUAUUUGUUUGAUAAUAAUAUUAAAAAUUUCCCAACUUCAUUUGGUAAUUUAAUUGAACUUUUAUUUUUAGGAGUUGAAGGUAAUCCAUUAGAUGGAAAUGUUGCAAAUAUAAUCGCUGAAAAGGGAACUAAAGAAUUAAUUGCUGCUAUCAGAGAUCAAAAAACAACAAGAACACCAGAACCAAGAGAAUGGCUUACAAUUGAAGACGGAGAAGUUGUUGAAUCAAAUGUAUAUAAAGCUGAGAAAAGUCCGAGUGAUUCGUUUACUGUAUUAUCUUAUAACACAUUAUGUCAACAUUAUGCAACUCCAAGAAUGUACAAAUAUACUCCUUCUUGGGCAUUACAAUGGGAUUAUAGAAGAGCUGCUUUAGAGAAGGAGAUUUUAAACUAUAGUACUGAUGUAAUUUGUAUGCAAGAAGUUGAAACUAAAACAUAUCAAGAUUUUUGGGCACCACUUUUAGCCCAAAGAGGUUAUAAAGGAUUAUUUUAUAAUAAAACUAGAUCAAAAACAAUGAGUGAGAAUGACGCAAAGAAAGUUGAUGGAUGUGCAUUUUUCUAUAAGAUUGAUAAAUUUACUUUAGUACAUAAACAAAAUUUUGAAUAUAAUAGUGUUUGUAUGGGAUCAGAUAAAUAUAAAAAGACUAAAGAUUUAUUUAAUAGAUUUAUGAAUAAAGAUAAUAUAGCUUUAAUUUUAUAUCUUCAACAUAAAGAAACUGAUGAAAAAAUAUGUUUUGUUAAUACUCAUUUACAUUGGGAUCCAGCUUUUAAUGAUGUUAAAGCAUUACAAAUUGGUAUACUUUUAGAAGAAUUACAGGGUUUAAUUAAAAAAUAUCAACAUGCAAGUUCAAUAGAAGAAGUUAAAAAUGCUUCAAUUAUUGUAUGUGGUGAUUUUAAUUCAGUUAAAAAAUCUGCAGUUUAUCAAAUGUUUUCAACUGGAUCUUCAAAAAAUCAUGAUGAUUUAUCAGGUAGAGAUUAUGGAAAAUUUACAGAAUCUGGUUUUCAUCAUCCUUUUAAAUUAAAAUCAGCUUAUGAAUCAUUAGGUGAAUUACCAUUCACUAAUUUAACUCCAGCUUUUACGGACAAUAUUGAUUAUAUAUGGUAUUCAACUUCAAACUUACAAAUUAAAGGUCUUUUAGGAAAAGUAGAUGAAAAUUAUGCUUCUAAUUCAAUUGGUUUUCCUGAUGCUAAUUUUCCAUCUGAUCAUGUACCAAUUUUAGCAAAAUUUCAAAUUAAAAAAACAAAUAAAACUUGA